CUGUAUUUUAUUUAUGAAAAUUACAACAUGCUUUUGUCAGCCAAUUGCAAGGUAUUUUUUUCGUAGGUGAACCCUUUUGAAACUGACAGAGAUAAAAUACACAAAAAGGGAGAGUUAUGUUGACAUCCAUUUCAUCUUUGUGCGCAUGCAAACCCUAACUCUGGUCAUACAUGAUAAAAAAAGGAUAAAGGCCCCUGAAAAUACUCUUCCUUCAUUUGUAAUUUAGUUCCCUGUGAAUGAGUAUCAGGUACAAUGAGGAAGUAAAUUCGACUGAGGAUCACCAAAACUGUGAGAAGGCUUGUUCACAAACAGUCUCCAUGCCAAAAUGAUGUUUCCAGUUGUUCUUCAUCUCAUGCUUGCUGGACUCUUGGGAGUUCAUUGUAACAUUAUAACUGUGACUGAAGUGUCGGUGCAGACCGGGAGCUCCAUCUCAAUCCCAUGUCUCUAUACGGAAAGGUACAGAAACUCUAUUAAAUACUUGUGUAAAGGAAAACAAUGGAUCUCUUGCAUCAAAGUUGCUGAAACGACGCAAAACAGAUGGCAAAGAUUUUCCAUUUCUGACGACACACAGCUAAACAUUUUCACAGUGACGAUCAAUAAUCUGACGAGUGAAGACAAGCACUUCUGGUGUGCCGUGGACAGAUUUAUCCAAGAUAUUAAACAGCAUUUUACGCUAUCAGUUACUUCAGGUACUCCAAGUCUCUAUGUGAAUCAUCAGGAAAUAACGACCUUUGAAAGAGGAAGUGUGACCAUAACUUGUCGCUAUACUGAUCAAAACGUAACUGGCUGGUGUAGGCUAGGUGGCUCCUGUGUAAGAGAUGAUUCUGGAUCGUUGGAUGGAACAACUGUGAAAAUAACAAGAGUCUCUGAUGUCUAUGAAGUGACCAUGACCAACCUGACGACAGAGAACAGUGGCUGGUAUUGGUGUGCCAGUACAGACCUUCAGAUACCCGUGCAUAUUAUUGUUCAUAACUUAAGAUCAACUGUGACUGUACCUACACUGAGCUCCUUUCCAGCAGACAUCACUGGAGCCUUUGAAGAUGUAACAUCUGGAAAGAGUUCCGUGAAGAUGAUUCUCAUCACCAUCCUGAUCGUGCUUCUGUUUAUCUUUCUGGCUGCCCUUUUGGGAUGGAGGAUGAUAAAACAAAGAAAUAACAAACUAGAUGUGCGUGACAUCCAUAUGAGUUCACAGACGGUUGUGUUCUACGCUACCGUCGAUCACAAUCAAAGACCACAGGCCCAAAUAAAGGACCAAACACUCACAGAAGAUGUGACGUACACCACCAUCCAAAUAAAUUUGAAACAGACAACAUCACCAGAGGGAGCUGUGAUCUACAACACUCUGCAGUAAAACAAGGCCAGAUGAAAUCAUUCAACUGUGGACUUUGUUUCUUUUAUUAGUACGUUUGAAAACUGUUCAAUGCAGAUCAGAAAGAAACAACAUGUAUAACUGCUUGAAUCAACAAACUGAAUACUGAUCUAAAUCAGAUCCCAGUCAUCGGACAAAAGCAAAGGAAAUAAUUUUACAUGUUGUAAAAACAUGGUUGAAUAUACAAUUCCAUUUUUUUUAGUUCUUCACUAAUACACAGAGUAAAUAAAGCUUGUUUUUUACCUUUUUUCUGAGAGUUAAAUAUAGUUGAAAACGUUGAACGUUGUUCCAACAGUAUAAUGUUUCAUUUAUACAGGUUAAUGCUCAUUGAGAAGGACUCCAUUAAAGCUGUUUUUGAAACAACUGCUUCUGUAUUAUUUUUUAACAAUAGUGCACUCCUGUUUUUGAAAAAUUGGCUAUACACACAUUCCUCAUUCGGAGAAGAAAAACGGAGUUGUGGCUGAAAAAAUGCUUGUAUGCAAAUUAAAAGGGCCCCAUAAAGUCAUAACACUCUUCCUAUUAAAUAUAACUGUUUUAAGGAAGUCACAGUUUCUGUGCAUCACUCUUUCCUGUGUACCAGAAUAGCUGUUAACGUGUGUGUGUUAAAGUGUUCUCCUCAGUUCACCAUCUUGUAUCUGGCUCCAUACUUUCCUUUCCUCAACCCUUUUGAGGAGUGUUUCAAAGAAAAUUGGCAGGAUGAUAAAAUACAGUGAGCCAACAGGGAGCCCUUCAUAAACAAACAAGUAAAGAUGCAUGAAUGAAUUUUUUAUGGAAUUCAAAUUUAAUUGUUAUUGUCUGGAUUAAAAUUAUUUUAGGAUCAUGCAGCUUAUAUAAUUUAGAGUAAUUAAUUUGCAUAAAUUAUUUAUUCAAAUUAAAAUUGUAUUCAGAAAGGUAACAGAAAUAAGAGGCUUAAAGGAAAGCCUUUCCCUACUACAACGUUGUAGAAUCUCUGAACAGAAAUAAAUCUGAUUAUCAAUCAAAUUAAAAAAAUAUAUUUUAAUUCUUGAAAUAGUUGCACUAACUUGUGUGGGGAAAGGGCUAACAGGCAAGCUAAUAAUAAAGCUUCAACUGGCAUUAUGCUAUUUUCAGAGGCUCCUGAUAACGUAGCUGUUACGGCCCUGCUAAAGGGAGAGACAUCUGUCUUGUGAGCAAACAAAUGUUGCUGUGCUUGUGCAACCAGCUGAUGGGUGCUUGGGAUUUUCCUGCUGACGUCCCUCUGGUUCAUCAUUGAUAUGUGUUCAACCAGCAAUUGCUCUGAGUGGCUGCACCUGUGAGUGCUGCAUAAAAGGCUGCUUGGUGCAACAUCUGAGGGUCUGAUCAGAGGGAGCGCUUGCCUGUGUGGCUUUAUAAAAAUACUCCUAACUCACACCAUGCGUCCAGACCUCCUCCAUGUUGUUGUGUCCGCAAGGAUUGUUUUCUGUCUGUUUUUCUUUCCAUACUGUCAUGUUAACAUGUAGUGUCAGUGCACAGGUGUCCUCCUGUGAUUGGAAGAGGAAGGCAUGGAGAGAUCCUGAUUGGGUGGCUGGGAGGAGCAGACCUGAUAAAAAGAGCCUGAUGAGGAGCAGUUGUGUCCCUCAUUCUCUGCCCAUCCCAACCAGCCACCAUUUGUUUUUGAGCUUUGUGACUAGAUUGUCUGUAAAAUAACUAUCAGUGUGAGGAUUUGUAGGGGUGAACUGCCUUUUGCUUGAUCCCAUUUUUCUCCUGUUUGGUUAGCCAGGGAGUUAAGUUUGGUUUGUCUUUUGGUUCCUUUCAUUUGUAGGUAAGAUGGUUGUUUAAGUUAGAGGUGUUUUGUUUGUUACUUUGGCCUUGGUCCACCCUGAAGCUUAAUCCUCCCUCACCCUUAGUUAGCCCUUAAUCCAGUCUCUGGUUCUUCUUGUGUCAAUGAAUUAUUGUAAAUAUUCCCUUUGGUGUGGUUGCUUGGGAUCGGUGAUUAAUGGUGGUGGUGACCCUAAUAUUAAACACAUUAUGGUGAUCAUUGAACCUCAUUUAUUUUGUGUGUUUUAGAUCUUUUAUUGUCUUAAACAACAUCAUACGUCUGAGUUUGUCCUUCCUGAUUGUUCUUGUAGCUGUGUUCAUCUGGUUUAAAGUAAGACAAAGUAAGUCUGCACAAACUUCCUUAUUCUCCAACUUGGGCUAUUUACAGCUUAGACUUAAACCAACAGCUUUAUUUUUUUUAUCAGAACAAUAUAAAGAUGCUAAAAAUGUAACACAGCUUAUCUUUGAGCUUUCUUGAUAAUUCAUCAAAGGUUUCACUAACAGCCUCAGUAAAAAGGUUUUACACUUUGAUCACAGCCUGAUCUUUUUGCAGAAUAUUUCUAAACAAGUGGUAUGUU